CUUAAAAUACAAAGCAUAUGGUCUUUUAAGAACCUGCAACUCAAUCCAAAGGAACUUAUUCCCAGAUCCAUGUGUUUUAGUUUAGAGAUGAUUAAGAGAAACUUUCUCGUUGUUUUAGUGUUUUUAACUCAGUAAGGGGAAUCCCCACUUCAAAGCUCCAAUAUUGACUUUCAAUGUCUUCACAUCCAACGAUGAACCAAAACCAGACAUAAAUCGAGCAAGGCAAAAUUGUUCCAGAACCAAACCAAAUCAGUACUUUUUUUUUUAAUGGUUUCUUUUAAUUGUUUUUUUUAUCUUUUCUGUUGGUCAAUAUAGUGGUGUCCACAUGUUUUGAUGAACUUUGCCCAUAAUUGCUACGUGUUAUUGUUUGCUCCACCUCCCACAGCUUCCAAUUAUAUUCGGACAACAGAUCUACCACCGCCUCAAUACGCCUUCUGCUUUGACUUCUCAUCGAUCUCCGAUAGCUUUACUUCAGGCGUCCCCCCACUUCCUUUUCCACUCCGUCUUUCGAUUUGCACGUUACAUCUUUUCCUCUCACUAGCCCUAAAUUUGAUUUCUAUUUCUAUAUGAACCGAUUUCUCCCCCCCAUCUCCAUCGAUUCGACGCCGUUGCUCAGCCCAACUUCCGAUGGCAUCUUCCACAACCGCCAAUUCAUCAGAGGUACUCCCACCCUCCGUGGUGCUGCGAGAUUCCUCCGCCGCCUUACUAGCCGACAGAUGCUCCGUCAGCCGUAGAUACAUGUGAGGGAAUCUGCGGCUGAGCAAAUCGAAAAACAGCAGACCGAUUGGGCUUACUCACGGCCGGUUGUGAUCCUAGGCCUAAUUUGGAACCUUGCGUUCAUUGUUGUUUCAAUUUCUGUGCUGAUUAUGAGUCUAAAGGAGAAUCCGAAGAGGCCUUUCAGGCUUUGGAUUGUUGGAUAUGUGUGCCAGUGUUUGCUUCAUAUGAUUUGUGUGUGUGUGUGUGUGUUGAGUACAAACACAGAUACCAGCAACUUUCAUCGGAUUAUGGUGGCAAUUUGAGAUCGGAAGUUAAUAAUGGAAAUCGAAAUCCAAAUUCGAGUUCCAACUCUUCGAGCUCAGGGAGCGAUGAAGGGGAGAAUGCAGAUUUUGUGUCAAAUAGUUUGCAGAAUGAUGAUGAUACCAGAUGUCGAUGAUCUUGAUUUCUUUGGUGAGAGACGGAAGAGGAAAAGAUGGCAACUGAAUCCCACCACCACAAACUUCGUCUCUCACCCUCUCACUUAUCGCAUCAACAACACCGGUCACCACUACUACUCUACCUUCUCUACCAAAUUGCAGCUUCUGAGCCGAACAACCACCACUGCUGCGAUUCAGCACCAGUUGAAAAGCACCGCUCCUGCUCCAAACAGAUUAUCAACGAAUAUCCAAUGUAGCAACAUGUGA